AUGUCAAAAUCAUUAAGAGGUAUAGAAUACGUUACAUGUAUAUCAGAUAAUGAACCGAUUGACGUAUCGUUGAGUGUUCUAGUCGCAUUUGGCUUGUUAAUAAGUUGCGUCCCACAGGUAUCAAGAAUUAUUAAAUACAGAUCAAGCGAGGGGAUAAGCCCCUGUCCACCAACUAGAAAGUCAAUUGAGUGGCGUAAUUCUAUCGUAAUUGCCAUUAUCAUUACAAUACAUUUUAUAGUUACUAUAACCAUUACAGGGGUACUUUUAUUAUUUUAUGGUCAUGAAGAUAUCAAUUGGAUGAAAGGGUGGGCAGAUUUCUUGGGUGUAUCGUCCAUGAUAUUUGUGUCCAUUCAAUUCAUCCCACAGUUAUACAAAACUUGGUGGCGUAAGUCCGUUGGUGCUCUUAGCAUUCCGAUGAUGUUUAUGCAAGUUCCUGCUUCGUUCAUUUUUGUUUACACUCUUUAUAUUAGACCCGGUACUAGAUGGACCACAUGGAUUGUAUUCUUUGUUUCAGGAUGUUUACAAGGGAUACUUCUCAUCAUGUGUAUUUGCUGGUAUUAUCGAUCAAAACGUCUAGGGCAUGGACCAUUUUAUAUCAGUGAAACAGAUCAACUACUUGGUCGUAAUGGUAAACCAUUGCUUCCUGAUGAACGUACAAGGUUGAUAAAUAAAGGACAAAAGAAACGUUCACCUAGACCUUCCACUUCAAGGGGAAGUAGCUUCAAUAGCAAUGCUUCUGACCCCCCUAUUAAAGAUGUUACUUUAAAUAAUGAUACCAAUUAUUUAUCUGUAUCAUCUUAA